UGCGCAGCUCUCCCCAGUUGUCUGUUGACAAACGUGACCAAUGCAUACCUCUGUCCCCUCGUCGCCAAGUGGAAUAAAAUGUAAUUUCGCAGGAUUUUGUCGACGUUGCGAGGUUUCAGGUGGAUUCUUCAUGAAGUUGUGAAUCCGGUCUAAGCUGAAACCAUGCUGAAAUGGUUUUCUGGCGAGGAGGGAGAGCCUGGUUCUGUAGGCCCAGGUUCUCCCCGUGCUGCUGCUGCUGCUGCAGGUGGAGAGAUGGCUGUAGAGGAAAUGGCAGAGCGGCUCAGCCAAACUGAGCAGCUGGUCGCUCAGCUGAAGGAGUUGAUCCGGGAGAAGGAUGCUGCACUUCGCUCCAAAGACGACCAAAUGAAGGUGGAAAAGGAGUCCUGUGAGGCCAAACUGUCAAAGCUGCGUCUGCAGAACAAGGCCAAGGUGACCUCGCUCAACACACAGCUGGAGGAGCUGAAGAAACAACAUGGAGGGCCGGGCACGCCGACACACGGCAAAAAGGGGUCAUCAGACGGAGGAGGAGAGCAAGCCAGCCGGGGCAAGAUCGUCGUGCUGAAGAAGAAGGUGGAGGAUCUCGAACAGCAGCUUGCACACAGAGUGGAGGAACUGGAGAAAAAGAGGAAGGAGGUUGAGUCACAGCGGCAGCGAGGCGAGGAAAUGGACGCCAUGCUGACAGAGAAGGACAAGAAGCUGGCAGAGAAAGAGGCCUAUAUUGUUCACCUGCAGACUGCGCUGGCAGGAGAUCAGCCCGUCACACCUGCACCACAACAGGUGACGGAGGAGGGAGGAGCGAUGCAGGAGCUGCAGCAGCUGGUGCAGAGUCUGACCAGGAAGGUGGGAGAGUCGGAGGAGCGCUUCAGUUUGCUGCAGGAGCAGGCCGACAGCCUCAAAGAGCUGCUGGUCACAGAGAAGGAGCAGUACAGUCAGAAGGAGACCAUGUACAAACAGAACAUCCAGACAUUCAAGGACAUCAUCAUUCAGAAGGAUAACCAGCUGAUGGAGGUUAACCAGGUGCACGAACAGGAGCUCUUCAAGUUAGCAGCAAAGUCUGAUGCCAGCGCCGACUUAGAACAGCUCCUGAAGGCUCUGAAACAGAAGCUUCAUGAGAAGGAGGAGGUGCUGCUGGGUAAAACUCAGGUCAUCGAUGUUCUCCAGGGAGAGGUGGAUGGCAGGGACCAACAGAUCAAGGAGCUGACGGAGCGACUGCGUCGGCUACAGGUGGAGCGAGAGAGCCUGGAAUCCAAGAUGGAGGCAGAGAAGCAUGUGAUGCGAGCGCAGCUUCGUGACCUGAUGGAAAAGCAGCGGGCGGAGGUGCAGCGAAUGACGGAGCAGCAUCAGGCACAGAUGGCCCAAACACAGCAGGAGCUCCUGGGGCAGCUGGAGGAGCUGAAGAAGGCUUCGGUGACAGCACCACCUGCCAGUCAGGAGGCCUCAGGAAGUGGAAACAUGCCUGUGGAUGCAGCCUCCAUCCAAAAGAUCACAGAGCUGGAAGCCCGAGUGAACCAAAGAACAGACGAAGCCAGCAGAUCUGAGGCCAAAUUCCUGAAAAUGAAAGCGUGGUCUAAAUCUCGGAUAAGACAGUUGGAAGAGGAGUUGAAGAAAAGCCAGGCUGGAGGUGCCCCCCCGGACCUGACGGCCCUGCGGAGUCACAUCACAGCACUGGAGGAGGAGAGAGAGGAGAACCUCUGGAAGGUUGAGCAAUACGAGGAGAUCAAAGCAAAGAACGAAAUGCUGGAGGCGAAGCUGGUGGUGUACGAGGAGCAGCAGAGGACACUACAAGCAGACCUGGAGCAGUUCACCAAGAGGGCUGCCUCUCAGGCGAGCGAGUCGGGCAGCGCUGACGACACUCAGAGCCAGGUGCUGGAGUGGCAGGAGAUGGUAGCCGACGCAGUCAGCGCCAGGGACCGAGCCAAGGAGGAGAAGGCUACCAUGGCGCUCCGCAUCAGCCACAUGGAGGAGGAAAGAGAGGGACUGAUUGAGGAUGACUGGUUCUUUCCUGGCUGCUCCGAUCCAGCACUGGUCAGUCGGCAGCAGGAGUUGGAGGAGGAGCUGGCUCAGUCUCGGGGGCUCGGUCAACACAGGGCCAAGAAGCUGGCAGCUCCAGCCCAGCGAAGCCUUCAGGAGGACUUUGAGUUCGAUGGGCAGGCCCCCUUCCAGGACCCGCGGAGCACGUCUGAGAGCACGACCCCGAUGGAGGGAGAGAACAUGGGAGGUUGGUGGCCCAAGUACAGUACUCCUGACACAGAUGGAUUGCGGUCCGUUGUGGAGGAGUUGGAGCUGGAGAGGAACCAGCUGCAGGAGCAGAUCCUGAGCCUGGAGGAGCGAUGUCAAGAUCUGGAGGAUCGGCUGCAGCUGCAGGCCCGCAUAGAGUCAUUACAGAAUGAGUCAGAGAAACUGCAGAGCCAACUUGCCAGCGUCAGAAGUCAGCAGAGCAGAGAUGCAGAGAAGCAUCAGCUGCUGGUCAGCAGUCUCAACGAACAGCUCAAAGGGCUGAGUAACACUCAGGAGUGCCUGGAGAGCUCGCUCAUCGAGAAGGAGAACACGUUGGCCAAGACGUCCGAGAAACUGGAGCUCAUCAGCAGCCUGCGAGAAUCUUUGAGCGAAAAAGAUUUUCAGUUGAAAGAAGUGUCCGACAAGCUCCUUCAGACUGAGCACAGCCUUGAGAAUGUUUCCAAGAAGUGCAGCAGCUCAGAGAAGCAGUGCUCUGAGAUGAAGACAGAAGUUGCCGACCUCACGCAGAAGCUGAAUGCGCUGAAGGAGAAGACACAAAAGCAGGAAGUCACCAUAGAAACUUUACAAUCUGAGCUCGAUCAGACGAACGAAGAGCUGGACAAACUAAACACCUCCUACCUGGAAGAACGAGCCCAACUCAUUCAUGACCUUCAAAGCUGUGAGCGGGAAAUUGACAGUCUUAAAGACAUCCUGUCAGAAAAGGACAAGGAGAUAUCAACCCUCUCUGGUAACAUGGCUGAAUACGCAGAACAGGUCACCGUGCUGAAGCAGGAGCUCAAACUCAAAGAAGAGAAUCUGGUCCAUGUAGAAAAUGCUCUGAGUAAGGCAGAGCGAGAGGCCAUGAUUAUCAGAGAGUCACAGAAUUCAGACCAGAACGCCCUGGAUAGCAAGAUCACAGAGCUGGUGGGGAACCUGAAGGAUACUGAGAUGGAGUUGGUCAAGGCCAAAGAGGAGAGAGAGUCUAAGGUGGCUGAGGUGGAGCUUCUGAUAAAACAUACCGAGGAGGACAAGAAAACAAUUCAGGACCUGCGAGGGGAGAUCCAGAAACAGAUUGUGAGCCAUCGUAACCACCUUUCUGAAUGCGAAUCACACAUCGGGUCUCUGAAGGAGCAGCUGACUGUAUCCAACCAAAAGCUUCAGGAGUCAGAAGGACUCGUUUCACAGCUCAAGGACAAAACCACCAGCAACGAGCAACUGCAGCAGCAGCUUAAUGACAAAGAGCAGACGUAUGAAACGGAACUCAAAUCUUUAAAGGAUGAACAGAACAAACUUCUGGCCCAGGUGGAAAAAUACAAUAAUGAAAUGCAGACGCUGUCCAAACAACUAGCGGAGCGAGUACAGAGUGAGGAGCUCGUCAAAAAGGAGGUGCAAGAGAAACUGGAAACUGUGGCAUCGCUGGAAAAACAGGCCGAGGACGAGAGGCAGAAUUUCAACACUGAGCUGAAAGCUCGGGAUUCAGAAAAUGAGAAACUGAGCAGUGAACUUCAGAGCAAAUCUGAAAACAUCUCCAAACUCAAGAAUGUUUUAAAAGGCGUGAAUGCUGAGAAGAAGCAGCUGCACGAAAAAUUGAAAGGGCUGAAUGAAGAGCUCGAGCUCCAGAAACAGAACGUAAAUCAACUUAGUGAAAAGGUGACGACUGCCCUCGAACUGAACGGCAGUCUGGAGAAUCAGGUACGACAACUUACAAAAGAGAAAGAGAGACUUGAAGUGGAACUAAAUGAGAGUGUCAAAACUGCCUCAGAAGUCGCAGUUGAAAAGGAGUCGCUGCAAGCAAAAAUAUCCAUGUUGGAAACACAGUUCUCACAAAACAACACAAUAAUUGAGAGGCUACAAAAAGAUAAGGAGGAACUGAGUGUAAGAGCUGACGAGGUGAACAGAGUUCUGGAGCAAAGCAAACACUCCAACUCGCAGAUUCUGCUGGAAAAGACAAAUGAAUGUAAUAAUCUCAACCAGUUACUCAGGGAGAAGGAGGAGACGGUGGCACGACUGCAGGAGCAAGUGCAGAGCUUGACUUCUGCAGCAGACCAGCUGCAGCGUGACAUGGCAGAAAGAGAGAAGACGGUCAGUGACCUCCGAGCACAAACAGAAGCCCAACAACACCAGCAGGCAGAACUUCAGGAAACACUGUCUCUGCUUCGAGAGCAGGAAUGCAGUCUGAAGUCUAGUUUAACUGAGAAGGAUUCAGUGUUGAGAGAGAACCAAAGUUUGCAGAACGAAGUUGCAGAGAAGGAAAUUAUUGUGUCCAAACUUCAGGCAGAAGCUGAAUCGCUGAAUGAAGAACUCUCAAAACUUCGCCAGCAAAUUGAAGAGAGAGAAGGAACGUUGAAAAAAGUGAAACAACAGUGUCAAAAACACAAAGACAAACUAAACGAUACAAACCAAACUGUUAAAUCUCUGAGUGAGCAAAUCAGUGUCAUGGAGGAAAAUGCCAGAAGGCUCGAGUCUGAAGCAGAGCUGAGAAAAACAGAGCUGGAUAACUUAAACCGCUCCAUCCAGGCAGCGACGGAGGAAAACCAGCAACUUCGUGCUGCUUGUGAAUCCAGAGAAAAGGAACUGGCUCAGCAGACACAGGUUCUCUCUGACCUCGACGGACGGCUGAAGGCCACAUUUGAGCAAAACUCAAGUUUGAGUGUGAAGAUCAGCAGCCUAACAGAAACUAAUCAGAGAUUACAGGAGGAGUUAACACAGAACAUCAAAUUAGUUUCUGAGCUAAUCACCGAGAGGAAUUCAGUCCAAGAACAAAACGUAGAGAUUCAGAAAACAAUCGACGGAUUAUUGAAGGAAAAGGAGACGCUGACUGCUGCAGCAGAUGAGUUAAAGAAGAUCCUCGAGGACAGCGAACUGUCAAACUCUGCAGGUUUGCUUGAGAAAACCAAUGAAUGUGCUAAUCUGUCAAAAACUUUAACGGAGAGAGAAGAACAACUUCAAAGUCUACGAGAGCAAGUUGAUGGUUUUGAAAAGCAAGUUAGUCAACUCAGCGCGUCCUUGAGUGAGAGAGAACAGACUGUGUCAGAACAGAGUUCACAGUUGGAAGCUCAGCAGAACCGACUGCUGCAGCUUCAGGAUACGGUCUCCAUGCUGCAGGAACAAGGAUCUGUCCUCAAGUCAGGGCUAAUUGAGAAAGACUCCCUGCUUCAGCAGAAAACAGAGGAAUGCAGCGUUUAUCAGAACGAAGUCACGAUACAGAAAACUCUCAUAUCGCAGAUGCAGAGUGAGGUACAGUCGCUCAGGCAGGAGCACUCAGAGGCGAAACAGCAGAUAGAGCAGAAAGAACAGACAUUAAAAGACGUAACAAAUGAGUUUCAACACCACAAAGACGAGCUGAACAAACGAAACGAAUCGGUGAUUUCACUCAGCAGUCAACUCGGCGCCAUGAAUGAGAAUGCUGCAGAGAUGGAGGCUGAAAUUACCAACCUGAGGACCGCUGUGGAGAAGCUCACGGCAGAAAACAGUCAGCUGACACAGGAGGGAGAGCGACGGAAGGCAGAGAUAAUUGAUUUUAACGAUAACAUUCAAGCACUGAACGAGCAGAAUGCAAAAUUGAAAUCUGAAUUACAGAAUAGAGUGACAGAGCUGUCCGAAGUGAAAGAAGAAGUCACACGUCUCAAAACAUCGUGCUCAGAGAAUGAGCAGCUUUAUCUGACCAUGCAACAGAAAGAUGACUCCCUGAAACAACAGGAAGCUUUAAUCCAGCAGCUCAACAGCAGGAUAGUGGAGCAGCAGGAGCAGCUGAAACUGAAGGCAGAUGACAACAUCAGUUUAAGUGCAAAAGUUUCAGAGCUUGAAGAUUCUGUCAGUAAACUCAGAGGUCAAGUUGACAGUCUCGCUUCAGAGUCAUCCGAACUGAAAAAUACUUUGGAGAAGAAAGACCAGGCGAGCCUUGAAUAUCAAAGUCAUUCUUCAGCUGCUGUUGAAAAUCUCAAUUCAAGUCUACAAGCCAAAGAGGCCGAAUGUGAGAGCUUGAAAGAGCAGAUUUCACACCUCGAGGAAUCGGUCACAAAGCUCGACAACACCCUCCAAGUGCAAAUAUCUGAAGUGGAAAAUCUGAGAAAGGCCUUGGAAGAAAAAGAAGCAGCUUUUUCAGACCAGUCGAAGUCUCUGCAGGAUAUUCAGAGGAGAGCGGAUGAGGCUCUGCUCUUCAAAUCUCAGUUCACGGAAAGCACAGAGUUGGUGUCACAGCUACAGAGUCAAAUUCAGUUACUGUCCGCUGAGUCCGAAAACCUCAAGAAGUCAGCAGAGGAAACACAAAGUGCCUUCAGCAACCUGCAAGAGAAGUACGCUGCUAACUUAGAGGAGUUGCAAGAUGUGAGAAAACAACUGUCCCAAAGGUCUGAUGAGGUUUCCAAACUUCAGACGUUACUGGAAGAUACCAAUAAGGAACAUCAGGCAGCAAAGACGACCAUAGAAACACUGAGAAAUGAAUUAUCUACGAUCCAUCUCAAACUAGAGGAAACAGCAGACCUGAACUCCAGUCUGUCAAAAGAGAAAGACGAAGCUUUUGCCUCACAUGAACAGAGCGUGUCGCUGCUGACUGUUGAAAUAGAAAGACUCAAAUCACAACAUCUCCACGUUGUGGCACAAAUGAAUGCGCUGACAGAAAACCUGGAGCAGAGGGAAAUGGCUCUCCAUGCAAUCAACAAUCAGUACACAUCUCAGGCCAAACACACGACUCAGCUGGUUUCAGAAAUGCAAAGACUAGAGGAGCAGAAUAAGAAACUGAACGAGGAGAUGAGUCUGUCAAAGGAAGAGCACCAGAAGCUUCUGACAGCUGUUAGAAAGGAAAACACACAUAGCCUGCAAGCAAAGGUUAGUGCCCAAGACGAGGAACUUUCUCGAUUAAAAGAAAACAUUCAAAAGAUAGAACAAAUUCUGCAGGACUCUGAGAGGGAGUGGCUGUUAGUUCUGGAUAGAGAAAAACAGGAUAAGAAUCUACUUGCUGAACAGUUACAAAGUGUAGAGAAUGAGAUGAAGUCUAAAGAUGUUAAAGUUAAUGCUCUGAAGCAAGACUUGGACAGUUUGCAGGAGAAACUAGCAGAGGCCUCGUCUGCAGUCAGACAGGGCUCAGAUCAGCUGAGCGCAAAAGAGUCGGAGGCGUCAGCAUCCAGGAUUCAACUUGAGAAGGUGUUAGCAUCUGUUCAGGAAAAGGAUCGUGACAACAUGAAACUGCAACAGGCUCUUAAAGCUGCAGAACAUGAGCUACAAAAUCUUUUAGCAUCACAAACCACAUCUGAGAGAUCAGCUGCUGUAAACAUAGAGAAAGCAUCUUUACAGGACAUGAUUAAACUAUUACAAGAAGGUCAUCGGUCUCAGGUAGAUGCUUUGAAAAAUGAGUUGGAUACAACCGUCACACAGUUACAAAGAACACAAAAAACACUCAGUGAAAGCGAGAGGACGAAUGAGGAGAGGAGUCAACAAGUUGUUCUUUUGCAAGAGAUGGUGGAGCAGCUCCACACUCAGCUGAAAGAAGCUACUGUCAAACACUCGUCUGCAAACAGUGAAUCACAAGCUAAAGAUGAACAAAUCAACUGCAUGAGCAUUCAGAUAAGUCAGCAGAAGGAAUUACUGGCUGGACUGAGUCAGCAGCUGAGGGAUAAAGAUGCGUCCAUCGCCCAAGUCAUGGAGGCCGCCUCGAACGAAAGAAUGAAACUCGGCGAGGAAAAAACAUCUUUACAAGCGCAAUUAGAAAGUUUGGAGCAAGAACACAAAACCUCCUUUAAGAGGCUUGAAGAGAUUUCUCAGCAGUUACAAGAACAAAUUUCACAAUCUCAACAUGACAUUGAGACGAUGAACUCAGAGAAGGUUGAGCUGAUUAAAGAAAACGACGCUAUGAAGAGCGAACUAGCCAAUCUGUCCAAAGAAAAAGACGCUGCGAAGAAGAAGCUUCAAGCGGCUCUCAUUGUUAGAAAGGAUCUGUUGAAAAGACUUGAACAAUAUGAAAACCAAAAAGAAGAGAGUGUGAAUAUUAAAACUGAGGUUUCUCUUCUACAGGAUCAGUUACAGGAAGUGACAAAUCAAGCUCAGACUGCCGCAAAAACGUAUGAGGAGAACGUUUCUCUUCUUGAAAAGAAAGUUAUUGAUCACAAAACAGAAAGUCAAAGACUUGAGGAACAGCUGCAGUCAGAAAAACAUGUUUUUGAAGCCACGCUAAACGAGAAGGAAGCGCGUUUGUCAGAAACUUUGCAGACACUGAGUGAGAAAAUCUUCCUGAUGGAGCAGCUGCAGUCCAGCGCCGCUGACAAAGACGAAGCAUUCGAGCGGGAGAAAAACAGCUGGAUGCAGAAGUUAGAUGAACUUCACAAUGAAAUCCAGACAUGUAAAGAUGAGCUGAAGGACAAAUCUUCAUCCUCUGCUGUUGCUGUCGAUUUGGAAAAUGAGCUUGCGCAGCUAAAGCACGAAAAGGCGAUGCUGCAGAAAAAGGCCCAGGCUGCUUUGCUGGCACGCAAGGAGACGAUGAAGAAAGCUCAAGAAAAUGAAAGGAAAUUAACUCAGGAACUUGCUGAACUGAAAGACGACUACAAGGCUCUUCUGGAGCAACGCUGUCAGCAGACGAACGAGCUGAACGCUGUCCAGUUAAACUUUGACGAGAAGUUCAGAGAGCUGGAGGACCUCCGUAAAACCUCUUUGUCCAAUCUGGAUGAACUGGACACUUUAAGACAGCUUGUUGAGGAGAGGGAUAAAACUCUGAGAGAUCUGAAGAUGUCUCUGGCUGAGAAGGAGAGUCAGUGCCACUCGCUGUCAAACUUGCAGACAGAACUAGAAAACAUUCAAUCCAAACUCGAGAGCAUGUCUCUUGAGAUGGCAGGUAAAGAUGAGGCUCUGGUAGUCGCAGAGCAAAGAGCAGAAGCUUUGAAAUCCAAACUUCAUGUGAUGGAGAAAGACUUAGAGAAAGCUCAUGCAGACGUAAAAGAGAAAACAGAAGAAGUUGAGAAAUAUCAGGAAACAAUUAAAGCUGCUGAACUUAAGACCCAACAGGAGAAACAAGCUUUAUAUGAUGAACAACUCGCCUUGGAGACUCAGCUGAGAAACUCUGAGUCUGCGCUGGAAGGACAAAUGCAAGCAAAUAAAGAAAAAUGUAAAGUUUUGAUGGAAGAAAACGAGACACUUCUGGCACAGAGUAAUCAAAUGAAACAGGAGCUCGAGACAACAGCUGGUUUAGUUGCACAAAAGUCUUCAGAAGUUUCAACCAUCCAAAAGACGUUAGCAGAAACACGGCAGCAGCUCAGUGACGACAAAGAUGUUCUGACCGAGGAGCUUGAAAAGGUAAAACUGCAUUGUGCUGAAAAAGAGACAAAUUUGAAUUUGUUAAUUAGAGAAAAAGAAAAUGCUUUCAGAUUAGUCGAUGAGCUCAGAGACGAGGUGACGACGCUGAAAGAGCAGCUGGAUGCGUCCGGGAGAGUAAAGAUGGAAGAUGUAAACAAAGAAGAUGUGUGUUCGUCUCGCAAAUGUGCUGAAAACUUUGAAUUGAAACUAAAAGAGAGAAAUGAUGCAUUGUUAGUGUCUCAGGCUCAAAUUUCAGAGAAAGAAGAAUUGAUUGCUGCACUUGAACUGCAAUUACAGCGGCAAAUUAAAACACAUGAAACCGCCCUCGAGAGGAUGAGAACCGAGGCUGUCGAGCUUCAGAAAUCUCAAGAAGACGGCGCCAAAGUGAACGAUCAGGACAGCCAGAACAAAAUUUCUCUCCUAACCAGGAAACUUCAAGCAGCUUUAGUUUCUAGGAAAGAACUGCUGAAGGAAAAUGCAGCUCUGAAGGAAGAAGUGGAAAAACUGUCGGCCAAAUACGAAGUUACAGCAGCCGAGUUCCAGGAGCUGGAGCAACACAAUGUGGACCUGGAAAGCUCCGUGUCAUCUCUGCACAAGGAGAAGGACGAUCUCAGCACCAGGGUUGACGGCCUCCUCAACGAUAACCGCAGCCUAUCAGCAGCCUGUGACAGCUUGAAACACACCAUAGAAAACAUCACCCAGCAGAAGAAGGCGUUCUCCUGCCAGCUCGAGUCUCUUAAGGACUCUCAAACGGACGAGCUGUCCAAGUGGAAGUCGAAGCACGCUGAGCUGAAACAAGAGUACGAGUCUCUCCUACAAGCUUAUGAAAAUGUGAGCAGCGAAAUGGACAAGAUGAGACAGCUUCUGGAGGGGGCCAAGCGAGACCGACAGGAAGCCCUCAGAAAGAUCCACAAACACGAGACGAAGAUGGAGACUCUGGAGAAGCAUGCUCAAGAGGUGGAGGAAGAAAACGGAAGAAUUAAAGAGAGGAUGCACGAAUUAUCUGAAGAGAGACAACAGAAGAUUGAGGAGCUGGAGGACGAGAAUCAGAAAACUAGAAAAGAGCUUGUUGAGCUCGAAGAAAAGCACAAAAAGACGAUGAGCGAACUGAGUGAUAGAAAUCAACAACUGGAGGAGGAGAUUUGCAAACUCAAAGGUUCAUCGGAGGAGCUCAGAGAGAAACUGACUGAACUACAGGCUGAAAAUAACCAACUGGCAGAGAAGCUUGAAGAAUCAAGCUGUUCGGUGGAAAAGAAGCACUUGGAAUCAAAUACAUACACAGACAACAUGCAGCUUAAACUGGACGAAGCACUGAGUUUGAAUAAUUCACUGACGGCGCAGAUCGAGGCCCAGAAGACAGAACUCGGUGCUCAAUUGGAAAUUAGCAACUUGUUACAGAAGGAGAAGCAAAACCUUUCUGAAAGAUUUGAGAAGAUACAGAAUGAUCACGAAUCGCAGCUGGGAAAGAAAGACGACGUCAUUAAAGAGCUCAAAGACAUCAUCAACAGACACAGCCAGGAGACGAUCAGCCUGAACGAGAAGGUGAGGAUCCUGGAGGACGACAAGUCUCUUCUGCAGGAGGAGCUCGAAAAUGUUCAAGAGACUUCAGACAAAGUAAAAAAUGAAAAUGAAUAUUUGGAGACGGUGAUCCUCAAAAACUCUGAAAAGAUCGACGAGCUGACCGAGUCCCUCACUGUUCUGCAAACCCGAAACACGCAGCUGUCAUCUCAGCUGGCCAACAGUAAAGAGACGAGCGACCAAGUUCGUCUAGAGAAAGAGCAGGAGCAGCUCAAAUUAGUCCGAGAGUUUGAGGAGAAACUCAAGACGGUUCAGAGAGGCAACGAGGGCUCCAAGAACGUGAAGAAAGAACUGCAAGAGCUCCUCAAAGAAAAGCACCAGGAGAUAAAUCAGCUGCAGCAGAACUGCAUCAAAUACCAGGAAGUGAUUUUAGAUCUGGAGAGCUCUUUGAAGACGUCGCGGUCAGCUGUGGAACACUUGGAGAGAGAAGUGGAGAAAAGCUCGGAGAAAAUAUCAGCCGUAGUGGAGAGAAGUAACCAAGUUGACGCUGAGCUGAUGACCCACAAGAAUCUCCUCCAGCAGGCCACAGAAAAGAUUGUGAGUGUCGAGUCUGAACGAGACCAGCUGGCUCUCGACUUGUCACAAAGACAGAAGUUAGAAGAACAGGAGAAAAUAACUAAAUCACAACAAAGUAUAGAUGAGAAACAAUUCAAUGCUUAUAUGGAGAAUCAGUUUGUGUUGCAGCAACAGAUAGAAGAGCUGAGAGGCUUAAAAGAUCAAGAAAGUCAAAAUGUGACUGAGCUGAGGCAGCAGCUCGACUCCCAAGAUCUGCAGAUCAGCACUCUGAAACGAGCAGCUGAGACUUCGGAGGCCAAGCUGGCGGCUUUAUCUGCCACUCCUCAAGGUGCAGGUGCUAAUAAACUCUGGAACAGUUUGUUCCAGAAGACGUUACACGAGAAGGAUAACCAGCUCCUCGAACAGGGUUUUGUGAUCAAACGAUUCCUGGAAGACAUCAGAGUGAAAGACAAAGAGGUGAAUGAACUGCGAGUGACCAAGUCGAGACUGGAGAGGACACUGAAUGAAUACUCUGUGGCUGCUGCAGCUCAGCAGAGGCAGAUGUUCGUCAUGAGCGCGAGCAACGCCGAACUUACCGAGACUGUGGAGCUUAUGACUGUGCAGAUAAAGGAGCUUAGUGCUCACGUUGAAAGAAUAGAACAAAAUAAAAACGCUGUGAACCGACAGCUUGCUGACAAAGAAGAUCUGAUCUCCCAAUUGCAGCUAAAUCUUCAGCAAAUAGAGAAGAUAAAUGCAGACUCUGAAGCUCAGCUGCUGCAUUUACAGGCUGUAAGUGACAAACUUCGGGCCGACUUUGAGAAGCAGGAGGGAAUCUCUCUGCAACUGAAAGCACUCCUCCAGAGCAAAGAUGCUGAGAUCUCCUCUUUACUGUCCUGCAGAGACGGACAGAUGUCAGGAUAUCUGGAACAACUCCAGGCUAAUUAUCGCUCCCAGGCGGCGGUGUAUGAGGACAGGUUAGCCUCGUCACGCUACCAAAGAGAAAAGGCUGACAAAGAGCUGAGAGCGCUCGAAGCCAAGGUCAAAAGUCUGCAAAUUAAAGUUAACAGGUCAACACAGGAAAAGGAGCAGAUGGCCGCUAAGAUGGAGUCGUUCAAGAACUCGAUGGUGUCUUUACAGAGUGAACGCGAGCGUCUGAUGUCAGAAUACAGAAUACUUGAAGCGAAGAGUCAGUUGGGGUUGACAGGUAAAGAGGGCGGUCCUGACGGGGAAGGUGGUGCCGCCAAAGGCCUCAAACAUGAAAUAAGGAAGUUGUUGCAUCAAAUGGAUGAUCUUAACUCUGAGAACGCGAUGCUCAGGGCGCAGCUGGUUCGCUACAGAGAAGAUUUGAAUCAGGUUUUAUCGCUGAAAGACAACCAGCUGAAGGUGCUGCUGAAGAAGCAGCAGGACGUGAUCAAAACCCUUGAAAACCAAAAGGCCGCAGCUGAGAAGCAGCAGAGAGAGUCUCGGUUGGAGCUCCAAAGGGAAGAAGAGGCGAGCAAUACUUUAAAAGCAGAGAUUUCUAAACUCAGAGCUCAGGUGUCAACACAGGAAGCUGAUAUAUUAACCCUGAAAAAGGAGAGAGCCGCUACGAGUGAAGGCAGAGUGAUUGCUGAUUUGCAGGAAGCUGUCGCAGCCAAAGCAGCUGAAUGUAAUGACCUCCAGCAAAAGCUUCUCUCUCAGAAAACCCUGACUGAUGAGCUCAAGGAAAAAAUGCAGCUGGUGGAAACUGAGACAAACAAAAAGCUGGGCGAGGCUGAGGACAAAUACAACAGUGAGCUGGACGCCUUCGAGCGCGAGGUGGAGCUGAUGAGGAACGAGCGGGAGACGGCUGAUCAGCGGGUGGCGGAGCUCGCUCAAGACCAACUGGACGUGGAGCAACAGUUAUCAGAAGCCAAAACACAAAGCAAAGACCUGAGAGCUCAAAAUGAGUCCCUGUGCAAAGCCAUGGCUGCUUUGCAGAACGACCGAGACCAGCUCAUCGAAGACUUCAAGACCCUGAGAAACAGAUACGAUGAGGAACUCAGAGAGACUCAGGCAGCGCUCAACAAGGUGGAGCGCAGUCUGCAGGAUGCCACCUCGGACUUGGCGAUGUUCGCCAAGGAGAGGGACGUCCUCGUUCACAAGUUAAAAGCUUUAGAGAGCAAAGACGUGCCCACAGAGCUGAACAAGCUGUUGGACGAGCUGUCGAAGGCUUUGUCAGAGAAGGAAAGGGAACUGAAGCAGGUCGUCCAGGAAAACAGCACAUACAGCAGGCAGCUAUCAGCGUUCUCCAGAUCCAUGGCCAGCCUCCAAAAUGAUCGUGACAGGUUGAUGGACGAGUUGAGCGGCGCCAAAAGAGCGGUUGAGUCCAGGCAGGAGUCCAGCCCAGAGAGUGUCACGGCCGUGAGUGUGGAAAAAUCAAAAGGAAGUGGCGUCAGUGCCCUCCAGAAUGAGAGCGAUGGGCCGGAGAGUCAGAAGAUGGAAACAGCAAAGAAGAUGCAAACUUACGGAGCGCCACCUGAGAGAGAAAUCAGCAGCCACCAGGAGGAAACCACAGAGCUGAGUAGGUCUGACACAGAGAGGAAGGACACACUGCCGGUCAGGGAAUCAGUCGUCCUGGCGGGUCAGAGUGGAGCGGAGGAGGCGGUGAGUCGUCUGGAGGUGGAGAGGAUGCAGCUCCACAGAGACCUGCAGCGCUGCAUGUACGAGAUCCAACAGCGAGACCACUACCUCCACCAGCUCAGCAGCAAGUUCCAGCAGGUCACGGAGGAGAAAGGUUCUGUUGCAGCCCAGCUGAGGGCCGUUUCUCAAACCCUGAGGGACACUCAGAACCGCUGCCACUGGCUGGAAGGACAAGUCCAAGGCCAGGCUCAGGGGUCAGUCUACGCUGAGGUUGCACCUGGAGCUCCCCAGGAGAGGAGCAGCGACUCCAUCACCACUGAGACGGCUGAAGUCGGUCAGCUCAGAGAGAGGCUGCUUGAGCUGGAACAGAGUCUGGCCGAGGAGAGAGCGAGGAGAGAGACGACGGAGGAGGCUCUGCGUCUGUCUGAGGACAGAGCAAAGAGCCUUGGUUCUGGUCUGUCCAGAGACAGCCCGAGAGACUUCAGCAUCGAGAUGGAGACAGAGGAGGAGUGGGAAGCUCUCAGUCUGAACCCAAACCAGCCUCUAAUAACACGAAAGGUGAAAGGCGGCAUGGUGGCGUGCCGGCGGUGGCUCAGAGGGCGGAGCCUCUACUUCUCCAGGCUGCUGACGAGUCGCGCCCGCUCUCGAUAUUUCUUCCUGGCGUACUUACUCACAAUACAUGUGCUUGUCCUCAUGUGCCUCACCGGUGCUCUGUAGCACCAGAACACAGCAGGUUCAUCUUCUGUCUGUGUGUAAAGCAUGACAACACUGAAGCUGGACGCAGGUACACAGGUCCUGUACACCUGCCAGGCUGAUGUCAUCACGUUCUGUUAGCUAGAUAGAUGCUAACAACAGCUAGACGGUUCACAUGUUAAAGGGUCAGUUCACCCAAAAAUGAAAACAUCCUCCCUCCCCUCACGAUGAUGUAAACUCAGUGAAGUGUCGUCGUCCACAGAACAGUUCUGGAGCUUCAGCAUUCUGCUAAACAACUGAAAUAUUCUGUGGACUACAACACUUCACUUGACUUUGUAUCAUCAGGAGGAGGAGUGGACGACUGGAACUUCAUCUUUGGGUGAACUGUUCAUUCAGAUGGAAUCCUCUACAAGAUGUAAGAGACUGAACACACAGAAAUUCACUUAUUGUUUUUCUUUAAGUGUUUAAAUGUAAAUCACGCCUUAAAGCAUGAUGCUCCACGUCUUUCUCGCUGUUGUUUCUCAGUAGUCGCUGGUGGAUUCCUUAAUAAUUUCGGCGUGUUGCCAACGGUUCGUUGUUCUGAGAUCCAAAACAGAAAGCAGGCGAGGAGUGAGACUUGAUGUUUGACAGAAAUCCUCAAGCUGAGUUUAAGACGGAAGGACUUGAACUUGGAUGUAACUCUUAUAAAAAAGCCUAAGAAGGUUCAGAAAGCCAUAUCCAUUCUGAGUUAACACUACUGUAUAAAUCUUGUUUUUGAAUCUCCCUGAGCUGAGGAGAACAGGAACAAACAUGCAAACGUCCCGUCUGUCAGAACCUGUUUGCUUCACAUCUACAUCGCAACUAUCAGCACCAGCUGCUGCUUUCCUGCCUGCCUGGUUUCAUAACUUGCACAUAAUCGUGAUGCUGAGUUAAAACUAUGCACUGAAACUCCAAAUGUGUAUAUAAUCAUCUCAUAUAAGCUCAGAAGCACUACACCUCUCCCACUCCCUCCUGUUCCCUUUAACUGUAAAGCCAAAGGUGUUUGGAUUCUCACCUCGGCAGUUUGAAUAAGUGCUCUCAUGCCCGUUAAACAAAGUGGGAGACGACGAUUUCACAAUAUCCGAAAGUUUGAAUCCGGUCUCACAGUUUGCCAUUGAAAAUGGACUGCAAAAAGAAGCAGAGUAUAUGAAAGUACAUUCUGUACGUAUUUAUGGGUUUCUGUAUUUAUGUGUGCAUCCUCAGAAAGUGUGCUGCACAGUAUCUGUCACAGACUGUAUGUAUGUAUAUAUACACAUUUCUAUCUUCUCUGCCUGUACAUUUCUUCUUGAUUGUUUAGAGUUCGAAAAAUGUGACGGAAAAGAGCCGGGUGAAGAUCUGUGACUCUUCUGAAGACAGAAGAAAAGGUGUAAAAGAUGCUCUCCGGCUUGUUUAUUGAUAUUUUGUAGAAAUCUAUACGGCUGCUGGUGAGUUUGUGGGACGCUGUAAUAAUGAUCUGUACAUAAAAGUGUGAUUGAUGGACGAAACGAUGAACUGAAUCUAUUUAUGAAAAAAGGUAAACUACUGAAAAAUGUUGGCAUAUUUUCUCUACUGCCACUGUUUUUAAGAGAUAGUGACGCUGUCGCCUUUUGAUGACAUCAGGCUGAACUCGGUGCAAUAACUGUGUCAGAGGUGAACUUUCUCAGCCGUUACCAUCUGCAGAGACAUUUAAUAAAGCUUGUUGGACUUUU